UUUAAGUGCGUGUCAAAGCCGAUUACCGCCGAUCUCGGUUGUGAUUCUGGUUCCACCGUCUGUUCCUCUGUUUCUGUUUUCGUAUUGCUACCGGUGAGCCACUCGGUCCUUUUUUUCCUUUUUUUUUUAACCUUUACUUCCGCGCACUAAGCAGCGCAACUCGUUGCCGAAGUUUUAUGGGAUACAAACACAGAGAGGUAUUGCUGUAGUUACUGUCUGAGCUGACUCUGCCAUAAAGCUGCCGAGCGGCGGACGUUCCAACUUUUUAUACCAUGGUAAGCCCGGAUUACGUUCUCCAACAGACUGAGACAUUAACCUUCCCUCUGGCAUCAGUCUGAUAAAAAUAACAGCAGCAGCAUAUCUAAAGAUGCGCCGCGAUGUGAUGGCUUCUGAUUGAAGUUUAAAUAAAGACCGGGCAAAAAUGCAGAAGAGCGUGCGGUACAACGAGGGCCACGCGCUCUAUCUGUCGGUGGUGGCGCGUAAAGAGGGCACGAAGCGGGGCUACUUGAGCAAGAAGACCACGGAGAACAGCCGCUGGGCCGAGAAGUACUUCGCCCUGUACCAGAACGUGCUCUUCUACUUUGAGAACGACCAGAGUGCGAGGCCCUCCGGCAUUUACCUGCUUGAAGGAUGCACGUGCGAGCGGACACCGGCGCCCAAGGUUUCCGCCAUCGGCAAGGAGCCCACGGAGAAACAGCAGCACUACUUCCUCGUCAUUUUUGGCCAUGAAGGACAGAAACCUUUGGAUCUGCGGUCAGAGGAUGAGUCGGACUGCAACGAGUGGGUGGAAUGCAUCCAGCAGGCCAGCUACUCUGACAUCAUGAUCGAGCGUGAGAUCCUGAUGCAGAAGUACAUCCACCUGGUCCAGAUCCUGGAGACGGAAAAGAUCGCAGCCAAUCAGCUUCGCACUCAGCUAGAGGACCAGGACACAGAGAUUGAGAGGCUCAAAGCUGAGAUUGUGGUGUUGAACAAAGCCAAGGAGAGGAUGCUGCCUUAUCAGAACAACCAAGAAGAGGAGGACCCAGAUAUCAAAAAGAUUAAAAAGGUGCAAAGUUUUAUGCGUGGUUGGCUAUGCCGGAGGAAGUGGAAGAUCAUCGUCCAAGACUACAUCUGCUCACCUCACGCAGAGAGCAUGAGGAAGAGGAACCAGAUUGUGUUUAACAUGGUUGAAGCAGAGACAGAGUACGUCCACCAGCUCUCCAUUCUGGUGAACUGCUUCCUCAGGCCGCUCCGCAUGGCGGCCAGCUCCAAGAAACCUCCCAUUAGCCACGAUGACGUCAGCAGCAUCUUCCUCAAUAGUGAGACCAUCAUGUUUCUGCAUGAGAUCUUCCACCAAGGGCUGAAGGCUCGCAUCGCCAACUGGCCAACAUUGGUUCUAGCGGACCUCUUCGACAUCCUGCUGCCCAUGCUGAACAUUUACCAGGAGUUUGUGCGGAACCAUCAGUACAGCCUGCAAGUUCUGGCGAACUGCAAGCAGAACAGAGACUUUGACAAGUUGCUGAAACAGUAUGAAUCCAAUGCUGGCUGCGAGGGCCGCAUGCUGGAAACAUUCCUCACAUAUCCCAUGUUCCAGAUUCCUCGAUACAUCAUCACCCUCCACGAGCUGCUGGCGCACACGCCUCAUGAGCAUGUGGAGCGUAAGAGUUUGGAGUUUGCUAAAUCCAAACUGGAAGAGUUGUCAAAGAUGAUGCAUGAUGAGGUGAGCGACACUGAGAACAUCAGGAAGAAUCUGGCCAUUGAAAGGAUGAUCGUUGAAGGCUGCGACAUCUUGUUAGACACAAGUCAGACCUUCGUCAGACAAGGUUCUCUCAUCCAGCUACCAUCCAACAGUGAACGGGGCAUGCUCAGUAAGGUACGCCUGGGCUCCCUCUCACUGAGAAAGGAAGGAGAGAGGCAGUGUUUUCUGUUUACCAAACACUUCCUCAUCUGUACACGAACCUCUGGAGGGAAGCUUCACCUGUUGAAGCAGGGAGGAACACUGUCCCUGAUCGAGUGCACUCUGAUUGAGGAACUAGAUGCCAGUGAUGAAGACUACAAUGCUGCAGGUCCAGGGUUUAGUCAUCUGGAGUUUAAAAUUGUGGUGGAGCCCCCUGAUGGUCAGAGCUUCUCCGUUGUUCUCCUGGCUCCUUCUCGCCAGGAGAAGGCUGCCUGGACCAGCGACAUCAGUCAGUGCAUUGACAACAUCCGCUGUAAUGGCCUGAUGACCAGUGUGUUUGAGGAGAACUCCAAGGUUUCUGUGCCACACAUGAUCAAGGCUGAUGCCAGACUGCAUAAGGACGACGUUGACAUUUGCUUCAGCAAGACACUCAACUCCUGCAAAGUCCCUCAGAUCCGAUAUGCCAGCGUGGAGAGGCUGCUGGAGCGCCUGACAGACCUGCGCUUUCUCUCCAUUGACUUCCUCAACACUUUCCUCCACACAUACAGGAUCUUCACCUCAGCUGCCAUAGUCAUCGACAAGCUGGCCGACAUCUACAAGAAGCCAUUCACGUCCAUUCCUGUGAGGAUCGAACAGCACUCAUAUGAUCGUCUGUCCAUCAUGUCUCUCUGUCCUGACUACAGUCUCAAGAUCACACAGCUGGCUUUGGACCAGUCCAAGUCUCUGGAGCUGUUCUUCGCCACCAAUCAGGGCGCCUGGGCAACAGACCCCUUAAACAACAAAUCCCCCAGACUCUGCCGCAAGUUCUCCUCCCCUCCUCCUAUCUCCAUCCCCUCCCGCACCUCCUCCCCAGUGCACUGCCGCAAGCUCUCCCUCAGCUCCCCCAUUAGUGUGAAAGUUGGGGCCUUGGACCUGUCCACGACGCCCUCCUCGUCUGCAGCCAACUCUCCCACUUCCAGCCACAGUCCCUCCAUCUCCUCCCCUCCUGCCGGCUCUUCCAGGUUGCCUUUUGGCUUCUCCUCUCCUCCGCCCACUGCCACGUGCUCUCCCAGCCUCCCACAGGCCUCUGGGGUGUCCUCGCCACCUCCCUUCUCCACCAAAGCCCCGCUGGACCUCAGCCGGGGUCCCAGUUCCCCGGAGCUGAGUCCAGCUGCGGGGGAGGACGUCAGCGGAGAACUGCCUCGCCUUGAUGCUUUCUGUGGGAAGCUGAGGCGUAGCAUCCGCAGGGCUGUCCUGGAAUCAGUGUCACUGGACAAGUUUAUCCCUGAAUCCCCAUCCAGCAUUGAGCCGGGGGACUUAUCUCCCUGCCGCUCCCCGUCUACACCGAGGCAUCUCCGAUACAGACAAUCUGGAGUCACAGCUAGCGAGAACCCUCGCUGCACCAUGUCACCAGCAUCAGCGUUCGCCAUCGCCACAGCUGCCGCAGGGCACAACAGCUCGCAGGGUUUUAGUAACUCUGAGAAAAUGUGUGACAAGGAAUUCAUCAUCCGCAGAGCUGCUACCAACAGAGUCCUCAAUGUGCUGCGACACUGGGUCUCUAAACACUCUCAGGACUUUGACAUAAACAGUGAGCUGAAGACAGGGGUUAGCAGUCUGCUGGAGGAAGUGCUGCGAGACCCAGAUCUUCUGCCCCAAGAGAGAAAAGCAGCAACCAACAUUUUAAGUGCCCUUUCUCAGGAUGAACAAGACGACACCCAGCUGAGGAUAGAGGACAUACUACAAAUGAAAAGCUGUCCUCUUCUGCAUUUCAUUGCGGCGGAGUCUCCUAAAACCGAGUGUUUUGAGUCCCUCUCGGCCAUGGAGAUGGCAGAGCAGAUCACACUACUGGAUCACAUUGUCUUCAGGAGUAUUCCCUAUGAGGAGUUCUUGGGUCAGGGCUGGAUGAAGGUGGACAAAACUGAAAGAACUCCAUACAUCAUGAAGACCAGCCAGCACUUUAAUGAUAUGAGUAACCUGGUGGCAUCUCAGAUAAUGGCCCACACUGACGUCGGGUCCCGGGCCAGCUCCAUUGAAAAGUGGCUGGCAGUAGCCGAUAUCUGUCGCUGCCUCAACAACUACAACGGAGUUCUUGAGAUCACCUCUGCUCUCAACCGCAGUGCCAUCUACAGGCUAAAGAAGACCUGGGCUAAAGUUUGCAAACAGACCAAGGCACUGAUGGACAGGCUUCAGAAGAUCGUAUCGUCAGAGGGGAGGUUCAAAAAUCUUAGAGAGACGCUGAAAAACUGCAACCCUCCAUGUGUUCCCUACCUGGGCAUGUACCUCACUGACCUGGCCUUCAUUGAGGAGGGUACACCCAACUUCACAGAGGAGGGGCUUGUUAACUUCUCCAAGAUGAGAAUGAUUUCUCAUAUCAUCCGGGAAAUUCGUCAGUUCCAGCAAGCUCCUUACAGAAUAGAGCACCAACCCAAGGUUACUCAGUUCCUGCUGGAUAAGACCUUAAUAAUGGAUGAAGAUACCCUGUAUGAACUCUCCCUUAACAUUGAACCUCGAGUAUCGCCUGGUUAAUUUUACACAAAAAACCUGCAUAUACUGUACAUAUUUACAUAUCUUUCAGCUCAAAGUAGAACCUUUUAAAUAAAAGAAGUGUUUUAUAUAACACACAGGUGGUCAAACAGGGUAGUAGGGGAAACUCAGGAGAAAAUGUGCCUUGUCUUAUGAAGAUCUGAUGUAUUUAUAUAGUUUUUACACUGCAUCACAGAAACAACUCCAUGUCAUACACUCAAACCAUUAUGAGUAGAGACACCCUUGAACACAGCACAGGAAUGUUGCUGCUAUCACUCUGUGAAGACAGAUUUGUCUUUGUUGUCUUCCACACAAGUGUCAUUGGAUGUUUUACAAAUGUUGGAUAAUCAGGAUGUGAUAAUCGGAUCCCUGCUGACAGCCAUUUUACCUGCUCUUGUGAAUAUUAUAUCGAAGAAUCAGGUUUACCUUAAUUAAGUACACUUUAAUAUUAUUUGUCUGUGUGAUUGUAAUAUUUUAGAAAUUAAAACAACUUUAGUGCCCGUUCAAACAGAAUUAAGGCUGGGUUAAGGUUGGCACAACUUACAGCUUCAGCUAUUAGAACCUGAUUGGAUCACAGCAAAUUUGGGAAACCUUGUUUAGUGUGUCAGCAAGCAGUUACGCAGGAGAAGGUCUUAUCUUUUUUUGCGAAAGAUGAAAUGUAUGGAUGGACCUUAUCUACACCAGAGACCAAAUGUUUUCCAUAUUAUUAUUGCUUUGUCUACCAAGCAAAUCUGAUAAUUAUGGUGUCCUCAAUAAAGCACACAUAGGCCUAAAGUUUAUGUCUAGUUAGGUAAAAUGUGUCUGUGGCCUUUCUAAAGGAAAACAUGGCUGUCAUAAUUGGCAAGGUAAGAUAUAUUUUAAGGUUUUAUUUAAUUGUUAGUAAGAGCUACAGGCCACAUGUUUCUAAAGAAUUCAAAUAUCUACAAGUUCUCUUAAACUGCAGUGCAACAAAGACUGUUGAAUCACAUAUAUAUAUCAACUCAUAGUAUUCGUCACUAUCUCAAACCUCGUCUCUGUCUACAAUAAUCCCCUCAUCCCGGUUGGUGAUACAGAUCUGCAAAUAAUAAAUGCUCUUUGACUUUGAUUUCCACAAUUUACAAUAACACAAAAACUUGAUUGUCCAUUAAAUGCUCCAUGUGAGAUCCCUCCAGCUGAUUUCUAGUUCUUGCUAUGCUCUGUAUGUCCAGAGUACCAGACAGAAAGAAAGUAGACAUACCAUGAAACCAUCUAAAAGGUCUGGUGAAAAGAGAGCUGACACCAAAUCUCUGCUUUCUGUUUGCAUAGAAGCUAGCUGAUAGCAGCAACAUAAAGUUAGGAACAUAAAUUUUCAUGAGUCAAUGUAUUUUAAAAAUAAGGCAACAACCUACAUCACUAUAGUGCAUGGGCUACUGAUGUGUUUUUGCAUCAAAACAAGUUCUUCAGUUACAGAGAGAAAAAGGCUACUGGUGGCCAAAGCUGAGGCUAGCUUUGACUCCAAUCAGACUAGCUUAGAUAAUCUCCAUCUUUUUAAAUAUUUUAUUUCUUAGGGAGUAAUACACUGUCACACUUUGUGCUUCAACUUUGACUACAGUAAAUAUCUUUCAGGAGCAGGAGAGAGUAUUCUAACAGUCAAAAAAAAUAAUGAAUUUCCUUAAUGAAUGUUUUCACAACUUUAUAAUAUUGCAGUACCGUGUUUGAAUGAGUUUAGUCAUUUUUAGAACUUUAAAUAUGUCAGUAUGCCACACAGUGAUCCUGGUGGCCCCUUGGAAAGUUUUUCUCAAUGGUGUUCAUGGUCACCUGAUAUAUCAGCUGCGAUUUCAUUUUUAAUCUUGUAAAUCUAUACUAUCUAACUAAACUGAAUGGUUAUGUGUUUCUUUUUUUUCUUUCUACGAUGUGACAUUUGCAUGUUCCCGUUUUCUAAAUGGCUUUUAGCAGAAUUAGGACUUUUAUCCGACUUGACAAACGAUACAUCCCCUUUUAGUUUUACUUGCUAAGAAUUUUGUACACACAUUUUUCUGAUCCAAAUUUUUGAAGAUGCUGGUCCUGAAAGGCACCUGAAAGAAAACAUCACUGUUUAAUACAUUUCUCUGACAUUCAUCUCUGUAAUUAACCUGACCUGUAAUAAACCUGUAGCAUGUAAGUGCAUCACUGUAGUGAGGUUUGCACUAUUAAUUUAUAAAACAUUUUGCAAGGCUCUUCAGUUAUUAAUAGCAUAAAUAUAGCAUAAUAAUGGCAGUUUAUCUUUGUAGAUGCAACUGAGUCAUUUCUUUUUUUAGACAUAUUUUUGCCCUUUUCCGUUCUGAAAUCUUCUGUAACUUCUAUGCAUUAGUGUUCAAGACUUUUCUUUCACUGUUGCAUACUUCGAAUCACAUAUUUUUCUUAUUUCUUUGCGUCUUUCUUAUUUUCUUUGUACAGACAUUUACACUCUAAAAGCUUGAAAAUAAAAUUUUGGGAGAAAAGA